CCGCUAUCUGGAAACAAACAAGCCCGGAUAAAGCGGCUUCCCUAUUCGCAGCGUACGGGUCCACAACCUAAAAAAUCUCAGCCAUCAAGCCAAAUCACACGUCUUGACCGUCAAAUCGUCAAAAAUCCGGAAAACGAUAACGCCGUGUUUAUAUCGGCUUUCUAUGUUUACUCGGCUUCAAAACUCUCGCAAUGUCAGAUCCGACGAUACAGACGUUUUGCUGUCGUCGCGGUAACGGCAGCGACGUUGCCAACGUGAUCGUUGACGCGUUCGACGCGAACGUUUACAACGUCGCGUGCGUGUGCUCUUCGCUCCUCGGCGCUCUGGGCGCGAUAUACCAGAUUUUGCCGAGAACGCAAUCUAGAGGGCGCUCAAAGCUCGUGUCACACACGGAGUCGAGGGGCAGGAAAAUAGUCACGUGGCUCGCGAUGGCGGACCUGGCCGCCGCUAUAGGUACAGAAAAAGUAAAAAAAAAUAAAUCGAUAAGUUCUUCAUUGUAUUUUUUGGUAAAUUCGUCAUCGGUUGUGACCGUUUCAGGCGUUUUGGCCAGAUCGCUGUCUUGGAUGAGUCACGGCAGUAUACUGUCCACCACAGUGGACAGUCCGACGAUUAUGUUCUGCGUUGGGACGUCGACCUUUAUCCAGUACUUUUACGCGUCGACUUGGUUCUGGACCGUGUUCUACGCGCUGGACAUGCGACAGGUGUUGAAACGAAACGAACCCGAUUUUUCCAGGUACCAUCUGACCGCGUGGACGGUGCCCGCCAUUUUGACGGCCGUCGGCCUCUUCCCCCUCUACUACCCGAACGCCAGUUGUCACGAGGGCGUGUCCCACGGCGAGACCGCCCUCAGAGUUCUCCCGAACUACCUGGUGACGUACGUCCCGAUCCUGGCGGUCAUGGUGGCAAGUCCGUGGGCGUAUUGCUCCUCCCUUCGGGACCUCCGGCGGAUCGUAUCCGGCACGUCAGGUCAGUACACCGAAAAAGAACGCGGAAUCGUCCACGCGAUCAAGUUCAAGUGCGCCGCCAUCAACGCAGUCUACUACGGGUGCUGGCUGCCCAAUCUGGUCAACGGAGUGAUGGUGUGGGCGUUACCGGGGGCGUGUCCCGCUCGGUACUUGGUCCUGGUGUGGUACGUUAUGGCCUUCACGAACCCACUACAGGCGUUCCUCAAUUGCCUCGUGUAUAGAAGAUGGGCGGUCGGCUCGGAACGCAUUACGUUACCGUGGCGACAAACAUGGCGAACUGACUCGCCAUCGGCCGACGCACGUUCGAGUCAGAAGACGUCCGAAGACGAGACGUAUCCGCUUCUGCUCAGCACUCUGAGCGCUUAGUAAUUUCCGAAUUGCACAAUCUGACAACGUGGCGCUGUAGACGUGCGCGCGAAAUCACGGUUCGUCUUUCGUCGCUUAUGGCGAAAGAACCCACGACGAAAAUGAUUUUUAUUUUCAUUUAUACAUUUGCGGUUUAUAUUUAUACAUUUAUAAAAAGUAGCUUAUAAGACUGCGAAA